UUUUCACUGUCGGCCAUUUUGUAAUUCUGAAAAAUUAAAAAUACAAAAAUUGUGUUAGUUCUGUGUUCAAUUGAAAUUAACAAAAAUUUAUAAAUUUGUGCUUCCGACUACCGUAACAGACCAUGUAAACGAAAUGGAAUUUCAACGGAAUUAAAAAUAUCGACACACUUACAGCAUGCUGCUUCGUAGUAAAAAAGCACCGAUUCGGUUGAGUCGAUCUGCAGCAUCGAAAAGAAACGCGACGAAACUUAAAAAGAAAGAAACCGGAAAAACUGCCGAACCGUUGAGUCAUUGCUUACCAAAGAGCAAAUUUUCAAAGAAAAAGACGUACAACAAAAAAGAGCAUUACCUUAAGCUGCGGAAUAAAGACGGUAACAGUACCAAUGACGACGAUGCAUUAUCACAGAACGAUCCAUCCGACAAGCUAGCUCCACUAUGCAUACGUGAUAACACACCGAACAAUUGUCAAACCAUCAGCGCUGACUCCGAAUCGAACAUCUCAUCCAGUCAACUACAAAUCCAAGGACAAAUCACAUCCAAUUUCGUCGAUCCAGCACAAACUUCAAAGUGUAUUAGUGAAUGUGACAGCACCACCGAUCAUGAUCUCGGUAAUAUGCCAUCGACGUCAUCGAGUUUAUGCAAUCCCAAUGAAUACAAGGACAUAAUCAUCCCAGAAGUGGACUCCACUACUGACAUCUGUUCGACAUCAUGCACCGAAUCAGAGACGAAAAGGCAGCGUAACAAUUUGCCGAAACUGACGUUGCCCACAUCUACAACAACAUUCAAUACGGCAGAAAUAGCAUCAUUGAUAAAAUCAGCCAGCAUCAACACUCCCAUAUCUAGUCUGCCCACGACACCGGAUUUAAUUUCACUAUUCGACGAAGAGUUAAACAAAACGACACCCGACCCGUACCAGUAUGGCGAAUUCUUUCCCUACAAUAAUAUCAUGCCCCAAGCACUAAUCAACUGCAGUGACGAACAGGCCGCCUCGGAUAAUUACAAUGUAUUUUCAACGGUUAAUCAGACCGCUAUCGACAACUUGAAAGCGUUGACAAACUUGCAGAGUCACACCACCAAUUUCCUGUCCGGCAUCACAUUGCCGAAGCCGAACAUUACCGAAAACGAGUUCAUUCACAAUUUAAACGAACCAACCGAUGCGGUCACGUCGGACGCCAUCGCCGAUGACACACUGAAUCUGGAGACGGAAGAAUGCAUGGAAAUCGAAGAGAUACCGGACCGGCACGAGGAAAUUGUCUGGGACAAUUUCGAUCCGUAUGUGUUUAUAAAGCACUUGCCGCCGUUGACGCUCGAAAUGCGAUCGAAGUGUCCAGCUUUGCCGUUAAAAACGCGUUCGAGUCCGGAAUUUAGCUUGGUCUUAGAUUUGGAUGAGACGUUGGUCCAUUGCAGUUUGCAAGAGUUGUCGGAUGCUAGCUUCAAAUUUCCGGUACUAUUUCAGGAUUGUAAAUACACCGUUUUUGUACGUACUCGACCAUUUUUCCGUGAAUUUCUGGAACGUGUCUCGUCGAUAUUCGAAGUUAUACUAUUCACAGCGUCGAAGCGAGUGUAUGCUGACAAAUUAUUGAAUCUGUUAGAUCCGGAACGAAAGUGGAUAAAAUAUCGACUGUUCCGUGAGCAUUGCGUCCUGGUCCACGGUAAUUACAUCAAAGAUCUAACAAUUCUUGGACGAGAUUUAUCGAAAACGAUCAUCAUUGACAAUUCACCACAAGCUUUCGGCUAUCAAUUAGAAAACGGCAUACCGAUCGAAAGUUGGUUCAUGGAUCAAAACGAUUCGGAGUUGAUGAAAGUGUUGCCGUUUUUGGAAUUUCUAGCAAAAGUGCGACAGGACGUUCGACCGCAUAUACGCGAAAAGUAUCGCCUGUUUUCGUAUCUACCGCCGGACUGAAGGUGCGCACCGCUUUGCUGCAGAGAAACGGUAUGAAUUUUAAAUUUAAAAAAAAAAUUGUUUUUGUUAUUGCAAGAAAUUAGAAAUUAUUUUUUAAGCGAUCAAAGUGGUUGUAAAGAAACUACACACACACCGGCGACAAAAUUUAUAUUAAAAAAAAAAAUAUUGAGAAAUGAAGUGGAGAAAAAAAACAUUUAAGCAAACAGAAUGAUAGCAAACAACAAAUUUAAUUAAAA